AUGGUUCGCCCAACCGCCAUUUUGAUUGCUGCUUUGAUUCUUCAAUUCCAGAAAGUUCACGCAGUUGGUGUGGACGAUCAAGUGUACGCCGAUAUUGAUUAUGGGACGUUUCAAAACCCAUCCGCCAAUGUACGCCCGCGCUUUCGGUAUUGGCCAAAUGAUGCUUCUGUCAACCUAAGUCAAGUGGCAGAUGAUGUUAGGGAAGCUGGAAGAGUUGGCGUCGGUGGUAUUGAACUUUUAGGGUAUUUCCUCUACGGAGACAUCCAAUUGUUCCCUGGAAACUAUGACUCUCUUCAAUCGGAUUGGACACUCAAUGGAUUCGGAAGCCCAUCAUGGAGUAAUUUGUUGAAUACCGUACUGUCUACGGCUCAAGAGGAAGGACUGGUUGUAGACAUGGCUAUUGGCCCAAAUCAAGGAGCCGGCGUCCCGGCUCCUUACGAAUCCGAUGGGCUUAUGUGGGAUCUAUAUCCGUAUGAAGUUGCCGUACCACUUGGAGGGAGCUUUGAUGGAGUUCUCCCUGGCUGGUCUUCUGGGCCUUUGGUAGCUGCUUCUACGGGCUUAGUUUUAGACGUUACAAAUUCAAGUGAUGCAUCCAAUAUCACGCUGUCCCACAGCUCGCUCGCCGAUAUCACGCAGCUGGUGGAUCAAAACGGACACGUCAACGUCAGCUUCCCUUCUCAACAGAGCGGUAUCGAGAAUCGGGUGUUUGCGUACUAUCUGAAGCAUUCGCAUUACCCUGAGGUACAAGCAUCGGACAGAGUUGUAGCCUCCGUUCCUCAGUCGCCAAUCGAAAAUUGGACGCAGAAUGGAUCGUGGGUAGUGGAUCACUUCUCUGCUCUUGGAGCCCAAGUUAUAAUUGACUUCUGGAAAGACCAUCUGCUGGACAAUUCGACGACAGACCUCAUCAAGCAGGUCGGUAACUAUAUGUGGGAAGAUAGCCAGGAAUUCUAUCUACUGGAGAACACCUUCUGGACUCCAAACUUGACUGCAGCCUUCCUAGCAAACCGUGGAUAUGCAGUCAAUCAGUAUAUUCCUCUCCUGAUAUCUACAUUGACUAGCUCCGCACCUUCAACAUUAUACAUUCUAGAUGACCCGGAGGCUGGGGCUAGUCAUGUGGCGGACUACCGCCAAACGCUUACUGAAUUGAAUAGAAUCUAUCUUCAAACAUUAAGUAGUUGGGCACAGGAUACUCUGGGAAUUCAAUUCUCAUCGCAGGUGGUCUAUAACCUUCCGAUGGAUAUGCUGGCAAACAUUCCAUCUGUCAAUGCUCCAGAGUGUGAAUCACUAGCAUUGUCUGACGAUAUUGAUGAAUACAGGCAAUUCACUGGACCUGCAAAUCUCGCUGGGAAACGCGUUAUAUCGAGUGAAUUGGGUGCUCAAUCCUUUGCUUACCAACAACAAAUACCUAGCGUUGUAAACUAUAUCAAAAAGUCAGUUGCCGGUGGAAUCAACCAAUUCGUUAUACAUGGCUAUCCCUAUUCUGGGAAUUAUGGCAAUACCACCUGGCCUGGAUUCACAACCUUCGAUUACUCAUAUUCUGAAAUGCAUGGACGCCAUCAACCUGGUUGGGACUUUUACUCGGACUUUUUGAAUUGGACUGCACGUAUUCAAUGGGUCACACAAACCGGAGUACCUAAGAUGGAUAUAGCAUUUUGGUCCAAAUCAACUGAUUAUCGACAUCUUUCGGCUAAAUAUACGCCAACUGAUCUCUUGGAGGCUGGAUUUUCUUACGAGUACCUUAGUCCUGAUAAUUUUGCCCUGCCAGAGGCAUACGUGUCAGAUGGGGUCUUGGCCCCGGAGCGACAGGCGUUCAAGGCACUGGUAAUCGGAGCAAACGAGAUUUUAACGGGGCUUGGGGUGACACAGCUAGCUAAAUAUGCACAGGCUGGUUUGCCGGUUAUCUUCAAUGGCGGACUACCUUCCCAGUUCGAAGGCUACAAUCAAACCGGCGCCGCUUCUGCCAAUGCAACCAUAUCUAACAUGACUUCUCUGCAAAAUGUACACGUUACGUCUUCCGAUGAAGGCAUUGCUGAUACCCUGGCGUCGUUAAACGUUACCCCACGAACGGCAGUCACUACCAAUGGGACAUGGUAUACUUACUGGCGUGAAGACAACACGACUUCGUUCGAUUAUGUGUAUGUGUUCAAUGAUGCUUCUAGCCUUCCAUCUGGACAAGGGUUUUCAACCGGAUCGAUCACCUUUGAAAGUACCGGAGUGCCCUAUAUCUAUGAUGCUUGGACGGGAAAAGUCGAAUCACUGCUCGUAUAUGAGCAGUCAGAAACAAAUACUACAGUACCCCUUCAACUUGCAGGAGAUCAAACAAUAAUAAUUGCUUUUCGACACCUCGCCUUUGGUCAACCGUUGCAUGUAAUCUCGGCGCCACCCUCGACCCUUGAUCUCAAUUCAUCUUCAACAUCCCUCUCAAUUCAUCGUAGCUAUACCAGCGAAACGGCUCAAUGUCUGCUUUCCAACGGUACAUCCGUGACACUGUCGCCAGUACUCACGCCACCAUUUGCCCUGACCAAUUGGUCCCUCAUCGUCGAGUCAUGGACAUCACCAUCCAACCCCUAUAACCUUGAUCCCGUCGCAGAACGUUCCAACUUAUCGACCUUCUCCAACAUCCAGUCCUUGGUAUCGUGGUCAGAUAUAUCUUCCUCUCUCGCGAAUGUUUCCGGUCGUGGCUACUACUCGACUGAUUUCCAGUGGCCUCCCUCUUCUACCAGUGUGUCUGACGACGACGCCUCCGUUGUUGAUGGCGCUUUCAUCGAUCUUGGAUCAAUAGUUCACACAGCCCGAGUGAUCAUAAAUGGUCAGACCCUUGCCCCGUUAGACAUUUCAUGGGCUCGCGCCGAUAUUUCGGCGUAUUUGGUACAGGGGACUAAUCUUGUCGAGGUCGUGGUGAGCACCAGUCUUGGGAAUGGGUUGCGCACGAUUUGGGAUUCUAUCGAGACAAGUGGAAAGAAAGCGAGUACCCAAUUUCCGGACCCACCAAGUGUGGCGGAUUACGGACUGUUGUUUCCAGUUCAAAUUAUCCCUUAUAAGACGGACGAGUUGAGAUAG